CGCGCAGCCGGCCGCGAGGAGGAGCGGAGCGGGGCGCAGCGCGGAGCCGGCGCCGCAGCCCGCGUCGCCAUGGUGGAGGCGGCGCCCGCGGGGCCAGCGCCUCUGCGGAGGACCUUCCUGGUGCCCGAGAUCAAGUCGCUGGACCAGUACGACUUCUCGCGGGCCAAGGCGGCGGCGAGCCUGGCGUGGGUGCUGCGGGCCGCGUUCGGGGGCGCAGAGCACGUGCCCCCAGAGCUGUGGGAGCCCUUCUACACGGACCAGUAUGCGCAGGAGCACGUGAAGCCCCCAGUCACCCGGCUGCUGUUGUCUGCCGAGCUCUACUGCCGGGCCUGGCGCCAGGCGCUGCCGCAGCUUGAGGCCCCUCCUAACCCAUCCGCACUGCUGGCCCUGCUGUCUCGGAGGGGCACGGUGCCCUCACUACCUGAUCGACCAGUGCGGGAGGCGGACCUGAGACACCAGCCUAUUCUCAUGGGAGCCCACCUGGCUGUCAUAGAUGCCCUCAUGGUGGCCUUCGCCUUUGAGUGGACGAAGACCUUGCCGGGUCCCUUGGCUCUGCCCAGCUUGGAGCACAAACUGCUGUUCUGGGUGGAAACGACCGUCCGGAGGCUGCAGGAGAAAACCGAGCAAGAGGCCACCCAGCGUGCGUCUCCUGCUGCCCCUGCCGACGGGGCAGCACCGGCGCAGCCCUCGCACGCAAUUGCCUUCUGUUUGAAGGAGUCGGGGAGCAAACCCCCCAUGAUCCGCUACCGCAAGGACCGCGCCGUGGCCCGACGAGCCCCCUGCUUCCCAUCUGUGACCACCAUCCAGGACCUGGCCAGCGGUGCUGCGCUGGCCGCCACUAUCCACUGUUACUGCCCCCAGCUGUUACGUCUUGAGGAGGUCUGUCUCAAGGACCCCAUGUCCGUGGCCGACAGCCUCUACAACCUCCAGCUGGUGCAGGAUUUCUGUGCCUCCCGCCUGCCCCGUGGCUGCCCGCUGUCCCUCGAGGACCUGCUUUACGUCCCCCCACCCCUCAAGGUCAACCUGGUGGUGCUGCUCGCCGAAAUGUUCACGUGCUUCGAGGUGCUGAAACCGGAUUUCGUGCAGGCCAAGGACUUACCCGACGGUCACGCCACCUCCCCGUGGGGCAUUGAGGCCUCCCCGUCCCAGAACAACAGCGGUAGCAGUUCUCCUGUCUUCAACUUCCGACAUCCUCUCCUGUCACCUGGCGGCUCUCAGUCCCCACUUCGGGGAUCAACAGGCUCCCUGAAGUCCUCUCCAUCCAUGUCCCACAUGGAGGCCCUCGGCAAGGCCUGGAACCGGCAGCUCAGCCGUCCCCUCUCCCAGGCCGUGUCGUUCAGCACCCCCUUUGGCCUGGACAGCGACGUGGAUGUCGUCAUGGGAGACCCUGUCCUGCUGCGCUCUGUGAGUUCGGACAGCCUGGGCCCCCCGCGUCCUGUGCCAGCAGCUCGGACCCCUGCCCAGCCCACCCCGGAGCCCGGUGAUCUGCCCACCAUUGAGGAGGCCUUGCAGAUCAUCCACAGCGCUGAGCCCCGGCUGCUCCCGGAUGGUGCCGCAGAUGGCAGUUUCUACCUCCAUUCCCCCGAGGGCCUCUCGAAACCACCGCUGUCCUCCUCCUACCCACCCAUGGGGGCCUCAAAACUGCUGUCUGAAGGUCUCCCCAAAGCACCUGUUUAUGUGUCUCACCCUGAAGCCCCCUCAAAACCCUCUCCUUGCCCAGCAAGAGAGAUAUUGAAGCCACCAGCCUCAGCUGAGGGGUCUCCGAAGGCAGGGGCUUUGUCCCCCGCAGCCACCAAUGCUGAAGUGAAGAUGACCAGUUUUGCGGAGCGUAAGAAACAGCUGGUGAAGGCUGAGGAGGUUGGAGUGGGGCCCCCCACGUCUGCUCCGGUCGCACCUGAGGCCCUGAGCUCAGAGAUGAGUGAGCUGGGAGCUAGGUUAGAGGAGAAACGUCGGGCCAUAGAGGCUCAGAAGCGUCGUAUUGAAGCCAUUUUUGCCAAACACCGCCAGCGGCUGGGCAAGAGUGCCUUCCUACAGGUGCAGCCUCGAGAGGCCACCGAGGAGGCGGAGGCAGAGGUGGAGCCCACUGGAGGGGAGCGGCCGGCAGGCGAGGGCCAGGGAGAGCCGUCCUCACGGACCAAGUCAGUGACCUUCUCUGCUGAGCUGGGCCCGGAGCCCCCCGAGGGGCUGGGGGACUACAACCGAGCGGUCAACAAGCUGAGCGCUGCCUUGAGCUCGCUGCAGCGGGACAUGCAGAGGCUCACGGACCAGCAGCAGCGCCUUCUGGCCCCGCCGGAGGCCCCCGGACCUGCCCCACCACCUGCUGCCUGGGUCAUCCCUGGGCCCACGACUGGGCCCAAAGCUGCAUCCCCCAGCCCUGCCCGGCGAGCCCCAGCCACCCGGCGUAGCCCAGGGCCCGGUCCCAACCCGACAUCUCGAAGCCCAAAACAUGCACGUCCAGCAGAGUUGCGGCUGACGCCCCUGACCAGAGUGCUCACGCCCCCCAACGACGUAGACAGUCUGCCCCACCUGCGCAAGUUCUCGCCAAGCCAGGUGCCUGUACAGACUCGCUCCUCCAUCCUCCUGGCGGAGGAUGUGCCACGCGAGGAGCCUGCAGCCCGGCCUGGCCUCAUUGAGAUCCCUCUGGCCAGCCUGGGGGAGCCUGCUGCAGAGGAAGAUGGAGAUGGAAGCCCGCCUGGGGCUGAGGAUUCCCUAGAGGAGGAGGCAUCUUCCGAGGGAGAGCCCCGGACUGGCCUUGGAUUCUUCUACAAGGAUGAAGACAAGCCCGAGGACGAGAUGGCCCAGAAGCGGGCCAGUCUGCUGGAGCGGCAGCAGCGGCGUGCAGAGGAGGCGCGGAAGCGCAAGCAGUGGCAGGAGGCCGAGCGCGAGCAGCGGAGAGAGGAGGCUGGGAGGCUGGCGCACGAGGGGGCCUGUGCAGCCCCUGCAGCUCCUGUGUCGGCCCCCACGGCCCCCGUGGUGGCAGCUGCAGCGGUGGCCCCAGCCCCAGCCGCGCGGGUCCCAGCUGAGGAGGAGGUGGGCCCCCGGCGAGGGGAAUUCACACGGCUUGAGUAUGAGCGCCGCGCCCAGCUGAAGUUGAUGGACGACUUGGAGAAGGUGCUGCGGCCCCGGGCCGCGGGGGCCGGGGGGCCGGGUCGGGGCGGGCGGAGGGCCCCCCGGCCGCGCUCUGGCUGCUGUGACGACUCGGCCCUGGCACGAAACCCAGCUCGCGGCCUGCUGGGCUCGAGGCUCAGCAAGGUCUACUCCCAGUCCACCCUGUCCCUGUCCACCGUGGCAAAUGAGGCUCCCAAUAACCUUGGUGUGAAGAGGUCCACGUCUCGGGCUCCGUCACCAUCAGGCCUGAUGUCUCCGAGCCGGCUGCCGGGUGCCCGUGAGCGUGAGUGGGAGAAUGGCAGCAAUGCAUCCUCCCCAGCCUCAGUGCCCGAGUACACGGGUCCGCGGCUGUACAAGGAGCCCAGUGCCAAGUCCAACAAGUUCAUCAUCCACAACGCCCUGUCGCACUGCUGCCUAGCGGGCAAGGUGAACGAGACGCAGAAGAACCGCAUCCUGGAGGAGAUCGACAAGAGCAAGGCCAACCACUUCCUGAUCCUCUUCCGGGACUCCAGCUGCCAGUUCCGGGCACUCUACACACUGUCGGGGGAGACGGAGGAGCUGUCGAGGCUGGCGGGCUACGGGCCCCGCACGGUCACGCCCGCCAUGGUUGAGGGCAUCUACAAGUACAACUCAGACCGCAAGCGCUUCACCCAGAUCCCGGCCAAGACCAUGUCCAUGAGCGUGGACGCCUUCACGAUCCAGGGUCACCUCUGGCAGAGCAAGAAGCCCACCACUCCCAAGAAGGGGGGCGGCACCCCUAAGUAACCCUCCGGGGUCAGCGUCCUCCUGGAGGAGUCCGUCCGUCCGUCCGUCUCAGUCUCGUGGGGGAGGGAGGGGCUGGAGCCCCCACCCCAACUCUGAACCUGGUCCUGCUGGGGCCUGAGCUGGGAGGUUCAGGGACUCGUAGCUCAGCUGGGUCCCCUCUUCUGUCCUCCCCACCUUCUUGAAUAAAAUAACUGAAAAAGCAGGGGAGCUGGGU